AUGUUCUUUCCUCCGGGGGAGAAAAAGCGAGCUUCACUAACACUGGGAACACAGUUUGUUCCGGGGAGAGAUGAAAGUCAUUUUUGUAAACCAACCGAUGUCGCAGUCGACUCUGAGGGAAAUAUCUUUGUUACUGACGGGUACUGUAAUAGUCGGGUAAUAAAGUUUUCCCCCGACGGCAAAAAAGUACUUUUGAUGUUAACAAAUGAAAACUUACAAGGGCUUGUUCCAAAUAAAUUCGAGAUCCCUCACGGCUUGUCUCUCGACGAGAAGAACCGUAGGUUGUUUGUGGCGGAUAGAGAAAACAGCCGAGUGCUACAGUUUGAUUCUGUUAACGGUCAUCUCGUUCGAGAAAUCAAAGCAUUUGGGGAAAGGGUUUUCGCCGUACACUACCAUCCUGAACAAGGUGGUGUGUUACAUGUGGUUAACGGCCCUUCCUUCUCUGGAGCCCAGGGUUUCACGUUCAUUUUGAACAAAGGCAAUGUAUUACAGCACUGGGAACCAGUCUUGGGUUUCUCACAACCUCAUGACGUCACUUCAAGUAAAGAUGGUGCUGUGUAUGUAGCAGACAUUGGCAGUAACACAGUUUGGAAAUUUAAGCGACAAGUCUCCAGUCAAUAAUAUUACAACAAAUGUAUUAAGUAGUUUUUAUUUUAAAAUUAUUUUUGGUCACAAUUGUUUAUUUGCUAAGAAAAGAAAUUUUACGGUCUCUAGAAACAAAGAAUGUGAUAUAAUCUCUCCAAAAGUUACAGACCUGUUGAUGAUUAUUUUUUCUUUUAGUUGUCAAUGAACCUUAGGAGGUGUUUAUGGAAAAGAGAGG